AAAAAAGUAAACGAAGGCGGUUUUUUUAAAAAUGUUUCAAUUUACUGGAUCCAAACCAAAUAACAAACUAUUGUCCCCCUGCAGUAUUGAAAGUAUGAACCCUGUUAUUGUAAACAAGGGCCUCCGUUGUUUAAAAACGGACAUAGGGCCGGUCUGUGGCAAUGCUAUUAUCGAAGAUGGCGAGGAAUGUGACUGUGGAACAUCUGGAACAUGUCGUUACGUUGAUCCUUGUUGUAUACCAAGUGAUGUUAAUAACAGUGUAGACAUACCUUGUACUUUUGGCCACAACAAAACCAAAACGUGUUCACCAAAACUAUCACCAUGUUGUUCGGACGACUGUGUACCAAUAAGCACAAGCAGAAAACAAACUUGUUUACGCAGAUCUGACUGCACACGUGCAUCUUACUGUGAUGGGGUCAGUUCAUCGUGUCCUGCUCCUGUUAAUCUUCCAGAUGGAAAACCUUGUAAUGGUGGAAGACAAAUAUGUGAAUCAGGGAAAUGUUCUAAGAGUAUUUGUGAAUUGUUAAAACUCAAAGACUGCCAGUGUACUAGUAAACCAUUAUAUUGUCAUGUUUGCUGCAAGGAAUACAAUGCAAGUAAAGACGAAUGUGCUCCGGUCGGUCAUUUUGAAGGUGCACCUAAAUACUCUGUAAACCUAAGAACUGAAAAGGGUUACGGAUGUAAUGCUAACACGGGUUUUUGUGAUCAUAAACAUGUAUGCAUUAUGAAAAGUUUGGAUACUGUUCUCGACAUAGUAGACACAUUCUUAAGUAGUAGAUUUCAACGAGAUAUUGAUGAUUGGAUAAAACAUCAUGUUUCUUAUGUAUUUGGAGGCAUUUUAUGUAGUUUGGCUAUUGUAAUAAUAUUUGUUACCACUUACAAAAGACAUCGUGAUAGCCACGUAGAAGCUCUGAGAGUGGGAAGGUUAACUAUUGCUUUUGAUGAAGCAAUGCUUCAAAAAGUUAUCUAUUGUAAAACGUUGGAAACUUUCCAAAAGAAAAUUGACUGCAGAAUUCAACAAGUAAUGUUCGGAAAAGGAAAGGAGUUUGUAGAAGCUGUCGGACGUCUUUCUUUAUUUUUCCCUACAGCAUCCGUACCUUUACUUUUAGAAACUGCAAAGUGUAGUGCAAACGAAGAAGCAGCCGUGCGAAUACUAUUAAUCAGAGGGUUUCCCAUGCGGGGAUUUUGUGUUUCAGCUGUUGAUGAUCAAAGUCACUGUUUGUUGCAAAUGGAACCAACACGAACACCUUGAUGUAAAAUGCCUUUUGGCAAGUGUUACAUUUUGUUUCGUUUUGUUUCUUGUUUUCAACGGGUUGUGUGUGUGUGUGUGUGUGUGUGUGUGUGUGGGCGGGGUGUCCUUCAAAGCUGUACCUCUUGUAAAGUCCAUGUAAAUGUUUUUUAGGUUUGUUUAAUCCUAAAAAUUCAUGAAAGAUAUAAGAUACACACACCCUACCCCCAUUUUUUUUUAAAAUAAAAAAAUAAAAAACCCACCCAGUUUCAAAAGAAAGAAAACAAAUUUGUGAAUUAACAUACAUUCUGAGAAAAAGUGCACCAGUGCACCAUGACUGGUAUAACAAAGAUCAUGGUAUGUGAUGUCCUGUCUGUGGGAUGUUGCAUAUAAAAGAUCCCUUGCUACUAAUAAAACAAUGUUUGUGUGUUCCCUCUCUAAGACUAAAUGUCAAAAUCAUUUGGCUUAGUAAAUCUGAACGCACUGGGGUUUUCCAAGUUUCAACCAGUGUCCUGUUAUAUCAAAGGUCAUGGUACGUGCAGUUGUGUAUAUUAGAAGGUUCAUUUGGAUUGUAAGGAUACUCAGCUUGGUGAACAUGUUGAGUGUUUUUCUUGUCCCAACCAUACAAUGUCCUGAUACACCAAAGAUCCAGGUGUGUGCAAUCAGGUAUGUGAGAGGUGCAUCUAGAUUAUAAGGAUUAUUUGGUUUGGUUAACCUGUUUACAUUUUUAUUGUCUCAACUGAUGUCCUGUUUAUAGCAAAGCUAUUUAUAGCUUAAUGAGAUGGGGUUUUUUUUUAAUGAAACUGAAAGUUCCCAAUUUGUUUAUAAAACAACGCUGAAAAAGAAGUUUGUUUUGUUUAACGAAUUCUGAUUAACAAGGCUGGAAGGCGAUUUAAAUAUGAAUUUGAAUGGAAUUGUUUUUGGGUGUUUUAAAACUCCGACAGUUCAUAAGAAUGUAGCUUACAUGUCUCCAUGUUUGUAGAAAUUGUUGUAAUAUGACUAGUUAUUAUAAAAAAAAACAGUUUUUAUAGCAAAGACUAUUAGUUUAUCAAGACUAUGUUUGUUUAAAUGUCAACCCGCGAUAUUUGUAUUACAUUUUGCGAUGUGACACUGCUAAUUUUGUUUUAUUGAAGUACAUGUACAUCUCAAUAAUUGCUCAAAACAAUGGUAAUGCUUUUAAUUUUUUACUCGUCCCCUGGAUAACCACCGACGUACAUUAUACUUGUCCGAGUAAAUUUUCACUUGUCAUGGGUUGUCUCAGAAUCGUCCUUUCCUCUAUUGUUAUCACAUAUCCGGUAAUAAGUUUCCACUUUUAGUUUCAACAUCAAGUUUUCACUUUUAACUCCAAUUUUUAAUAAUCUUAGACCUACAUGAUGAAUGAAAGUUGGUUUAUAUUAUAGUUGGAUAUAUGAAUGCUCAUUUCAAUGCAUGUUAAACAAUUUUGUUUUUUAAAUUUAAAAACAUUAAAUAUAUAUAGACCACUUCAUUGAUUUUGACUCUCACUGGCGGACAUCUUGAAUAACGUAUUAAUUGUUUCUACUAUUUGCUUCAAAUGAUUAUAUUAUUGAAUUAUUUGUCCUUUAAAACAUACAUAAACAAAAUUAAUUCAUGGACUUUAUUGAGUUUCAGAUUCCUUGGGGGCCAUCUUGAAUAUUUUAAAUUGCUCAAGAGUGACAACUCUACACCCACCUGGAUACCACUAUAUACACUCCAAAUAUAAAUAAACACCAAUUAAAACCCCCCCCCCACCUAUAACGAGAAUUUUGGGCUAUGCCCAUUUGCUGCCGGACUGUCACUGGAUUCCAUCUUAUAAUUUUAAUACAAUGGCAACACAUGAAGGACAGUCUCAUUAAGGUUUCAUAUAUUGUGCCAAAUUUAUGAAGCCUGUUUUUUCUUAAACGCAGGUGUUUAAGCAUUGUAAAUGUGCAUGUAUGGAUAAUGUAGUUAGAUGUGUGUAAGAUGUAAACAUGCUUUGUAAAUUCGGCCCAUAAUGUUUAUGUACAUGUAUUUUAUUUAUGUCUAUAUAUUGAUAUUAAUAAUGCUGGAGCAUUAGUUUUUCUCAAAAUUGUUAUGACUGAUAUAUAUGCAUUGUGGUAAUAUGCAAAUAUGUAAUAUUAAUUUUUUGCUGCUAUUAAUUUGUACCUGCAUAUUUUUGCUUGUUAUUAAUGUUAUGUUUCUGCAUAUUAUUUAAAGCAUUGAUGUUUUGCUAAAUUACUCUCUUUCGUGUACAUAGUUAUUGAACAGGGUUAUGUGAGAAUUAGAUAAAGCCAUCCAUAAAAAUAUGAUUAUUCUCCUCAGAAUUCAACAGAUCAUAGAAUUUUAGCAGACUACCAUUUUGUAAGGAUGCCAACAAUUAUUAAAACUUGUUGCAAUAGCUAUUUCAUUUCAUUUCAACUUAUUUUCAUGCUUAUAUUCAAUUAAAGUUCAAGCAUGCUGUCCUGGGCACAUACCUCAGCUAUCUGGGCUGUCUGUCCAGGACAGUGGGUUAGUUGUUAGUGAGAG